AAAAGCUCAUUUAUUAAAAUAUUCAUCUUAUAUUUGUCUUCUUUCUACUUUUUAAUGCAAUGUUUGUGCUGACGAUGUCGAUUUUUAUUGGUCUUUUACUUUACACUCAAGUAAUUAGUAUUAACGAAAGUGUAAGAACUGACUGCGUUGCUCCUGGAAGUAUAUGCAAUCCUAAGCUUAAAAAUGCGUGUUGCGAUCUAAAUACUAAAUGCAAACUUAUACUCUAUUUGCAUUACACUUGUGAUCAAGAACGUGGAUUAGGUAAAUUUUGUUUGUCCGACCGGGAGUGUGAUCAUAUUGUUCAUGCUAAAUGUUCAAAAAAAAAUAGAUGCGUUUGUAGACCAAAAAAUCUUGAAAUAAAUGGAACGUGCGUUCCGUUAUUGGAAGGAUUUUGUUGGAACAACGAAGAAUGUGCCACUACUAAUGCCGUUUGUAUUGAUAGAGAGUGUCGAUGCACAACCGGAUUUAUCCAGAAUUUCGAUCAGUGCAUUAGUAACUUUAACAACAUAGCCUGCCACAAUUCCGACUUCUGUAAAACUUUUUCAAGGCAUGCGUCUUGUUCCUCCGAAAAUCUAUGUGAAUGUAAACACAAUUACACUCUGACUGAAGCCAGUUGUCUCCCACAAUUAGAUAUUAAUUGUGAGAACGAUGAACCUUGUGCCGAUGAAAACUCUGCAUGCAUUGAAAAUUUGUGUAAAUGCAACCUCGAUUAUAAAUCACGAAAUGGAGAGUGUGUACCAAAGGGUUCUCUGCAUGAUCGUUGUACCAAUAAUUUAGAAUGUAAUGAUUCCAAAUUCACCAUGUGUGGAACACAUAAAAGGUGUACUUGUCGUCACAAUUAUUUUGCAAAAAACGGAAUAUGUGUGUCAGGUUUAGGAGCAUAUUGUCAGAGAACCGAAACAUGUGCCGUAGAAAAUUCAUUUUGUAUUGAUCAUAAAUGUCAAUGUAUGAUCUCUACAACGUCUACCGAGCCUGAACCUGGAACCGACGAAAGAUGUCCUGAACCAAAUUUACUAGGUAAGAAAUGUGAAACAAAUUUAGACUGCAAACUUAUUAUCAACUCAGUAUGCUCAAUGAAAAAAUGCAGUUGUGACAAAAAUUUUUCGGCUAUUGGCCAAUCAGCAUGCUCGCCAACUUUGAAUGGGCCAUGUUUGAAUGACGAUCAGUGUUUAUUUGAAAACUUUUCGUGUAUCAAUAAAAAGUGUCGAUGCAAACCUAAUUUUUUUUCGGCAUCUGAGAGUCAAUGUAUACACGAAAAUGAUUUAUAUUUUUGUUUCGAUGCUUUUGAUUGCAGUGAUCUUUGGCACUCACUGUGUUCAAAGGAUAAAAAAUGCAUCUGUCAACCAGAUAAUAUUGCCAUAAAUAAAUCAUGCCUGCCAUCACUGAACGGUUAUUGCUGGAGACAUGAUCAAUGUAUGACCCUAAACUCAGAAUGUUCCAAUAAUCGAUGUGCAUGCAAAUCUGAUUUUAUUGCAGUUGCCAAUAACCUCUGUGUACAUCAAUAA